UCUUAACCUUUUAUAUAUAAGAUUAGCAGAAGCAUCGCCUGCAAGGCUGCAACUGCGUCUUAUUGCACGCUUGCACUUGAGACCUCCAUUCUUCUUCUAAGUUUCUUUGUAUCUAAUCUUCUUCAGAUGGAGCUGUUCUCAAAUGAUCAGAGCCAGUUAUUCUUUAUACCUGACUCUCCUUCAUACAUUCCUUUCAACUUUCAUGGGGAGCCUGAAGACCUAAGCAAUGAGCUCUGCUUCCUCUCUUACGAUCACCGACAGGAAUCCAUUCUUCCUUCAUCUCCAUCUUCAUUGACAGAAACAUUUAGCAGCUCAAAGGUGAAAUCAGAAGAAUCCCAUAGGAAGAAAAGGACACGAAACAAUGUAAACUGCCUAACCACUGCCCAUUCCAAGAAUAAGAGUACGAGAACGAAGAAGAGCAAUUUUGAGAAGAUGGAAAUGGAGGAGAAGAAGCCACCAGCAGAAUACAUUCAUGUGAGAGCAAGGAGAGGCCAAGCAACGGACAGCCAUAGCCUUGCAGAAAGAGCGAGAAGGGAGAGGAUAAGUAAGAGGAUGAAAAUACUGCAAGAUCUUGUUCCAGGCUGCGGGAAGGUUACUGGGAAAGCCCUUGUUCUGGAUCAGAUAAUAAAUUAUGUCGAAUCCUUACAGAAUCAGGUUGAGUUUCUAUCGAUGAAGCUUGCUUCAGUGGAUCCAGUUCUGUAUGAACUUGGGCUGAAUUUUGAUGAUUUCACAAGCACAAAAGAGAAUCUGGACAGUAAUGAUCCACAACUACUGUCAUCCAUGGUCCAUUCCAGCCAAUAUCAAAGCACAGGAGACAACAUCGCAGUGAUGGUCUCUUCAUCCAGUACUGCGCUCUAUGGACAGAGACCCGCACAAUUUCCUCAGGAUUCAGAGAGUUUUUAUAUGCAUGUGGGUGGCCAAACUGAAGCCCUAGACCACCAAGUUGAUCCCUAUAGCAUCUUUUCUUUCCAACAGAACUGAGAGGUUAAAAGAGACGAGAACAGCAAACUAAGAAGGCAGAAGAAAAGCUUCAUAUGUAGAAGUGGAUGAAUGAAGGAGAAAAGGAAGAGAGGAGAUUCCAUUGCUGUCUUUUGAUAAGACCUAAGAGAAAGGACCACAACACUGUGAGUCUAUGUAAACUAGGCGUCCUUUACUAUUAUAAGGCAUUAAAUUCAGCAAAGGUAGCAGACAAAAGAUGCCCAUAUCUCGGACCAUGGGCAAUAAGAUUUCAAGUUAUUUGUUUUACACUCAAUAUAUACUAUAUGAAUGUAUUAUGAUUAAGCAAUAUAUUACCGGUAAUAUCAGUUUGUUUA